UGACUAGACGGGAAUAUCUGUAGCCGUGAAUGGAUCACGCCAAACCGCUUCAAAAAACAAAGUGCUGCUGACUUUAUUGGCGUUAAGGGAGAAUACAUGUUUUACGUGGACAACGGUGGCUACAUUAAGUUUGGCAGGAAUCCGUCCUGACUUAGUCUUGAAACAACAGUGAAGUUUGCUAUAUUUCUUCACUGGACCGACGGAGUGCAUAGUUUGCUGGAAAGGGGCGCGAGCAUCACCGAUUUCAAAAUCCCUCGUGGGGCGGGGGUCUGUCCUAUGGGAUGGAUGAGUCUCAGCAGGACCUGUAUGAGGAGCGACUGAAGGAGGUCUUCCACAGCUUCGAUGCCAGCGGCUCGGGCUCCCUCAGCCCUGAGGAGCUCACUGACCUGUGCCAGUCCCUGCAGCUGCAGGAUGCUGAGCCCAUCCUCCUCAACACCCUAUUACAGAACCAGGAUCAGCUGACAGGCAGGGUGGAUUUUGAGCAGUUUAAGAAUGCGUUGAUUCUGGUGUUGUCCUCGUCUAUCGGAAACCCAGCCGAGAGUGAAGAGGCGGCAGCACAAUCAGACUCACCUGUAGACUCUCCGGAGGUCCAUCCCAAGUUUGUGAAGGGGACUAAGCGUUACGGCCGGCGCUCCACCCCAGAAUUCAUCGAGGGCAUCGGGGAGUUCUCCGCAGCGGCCUCAGAACAGGAGGGAGGGCCGUCAGAGGGCCAGGGGGCUGAAGAAGAGGGUGAUGAUGAGGAGGAUGAAGAGAAUGAGGAAUCCGAAGUACCCAGGAAACGUGAGCGCUGGAACACUCACGGAAGCAGCCCAGAGGAAUAUGAGGCUGAGGGUCAGCUUCACCUGUGGAACCCGGAUGAGCCUGGCACGCCCCGUGGCUCUAUGUGUGUGCCCAUCUCCGAGCGGCAGGAGGAGCGCCUGCAUGCCGCCUGCACCGAGCUGGGGCUGCCAUGGGACCAGCCAGCCACGCAAGAACAGCUGUUCAUACUCUGUCAGCACCUGGGCCUGGAGUUGAAUGAUGACCUGUUGCAGUGUCUGGAUGUGGAGGGAGACAUGAACGUGUUGGACUUCAUGCGCUACAUCAUUAGCCAGAGUCAGCCCCCCACCCCCUCGUCCUCCACGCCCUACCGACAGCUGAAACGCCAUCACUCUACACAGCCCUUUGAUGAGAGUGGUCGCAGGACGAGUAUCGUCACCAGCACCAUUGGCCUGCGUCUCUUCUCCACGCUGGAUGAUGGCACGGGACAUACAGCAGCAGAGGAGCUGGUGGAUGCCUGGAUGGACGAAGGCAUUGAAAACAGUCCAGAGAUUCUUGAGGCUCUGGAAUUCAGUCUGGAUGGGCGGGUGAAUCUGAGCGAGCUGACAAUGGCUCUGGAGAACGAGCUGAUGAUGUCGACAAAAAACAGCAUCCACAGGGCGGCGCUGGCGAGCUUCAAGGCAGAGAUCCGACACCUUGUUGAGCGUGUGGACCUGGAGCUGCGGGAGAAGCAGAAGAUUCGCUCUGAUCUGGAGAAGGCUGAGAAGCUCAAGUCCCAGCUGGCCACUGAGGUGGAUGAGCACCACUUUGCCAUCGAGCGCCACAAUGAGCUCAACCUGCGUAAGCUGGAGCUGGAGCACAAGGAGAAGCUGGCGGCGCUGCGGUCAGAGCUGACCCGGGAGAUGGAUCGGCUGCAGCAGCAGGCCAGCCAGCAGCGCGAGGAGCUGGAGGCCGACAUGGUCAAGAUCCGUGAGGAAGAGGCCUUCCUGCGGGAGCAUCUCGCCCUCACAGUCAAAGAAAAUGGCCGCCUGGAAGCGGAGCUGCUGGACAGCACAGAGAGGCUUGUGGAGGCUGAGAACCAGGUCAGCAAGCUGCAGAAGAACAUGGACAACGUCCUCAAAGAAAAGUUUGGAGACCUUGACCCAGGAAGUGCAGAGUUCUUCCUGCAGGAGGAUCGUCUGCGACAGCUUCGCGGCAACUAUGAGCUCCAGUGCAGAGAGCUGCAGGAUCGUAUCGAUGAGCUGCAGGCCCAGCUGGAGGAGUUUCAGGUGGUUGGCCGCGCGCCCGCACCCUCCUCACUGCUCUCUCUGUCUGAUGAGCUCGAGGACAAGAGCCCGGGCAUGGACUCGGACCAGGGUAACGGCUCUUGUCUGGGUCCAGAGGAGAGUCAGCCCUUUAACAUGUCUCUAGAGACAGAAAUGAUCCUGGAGCGGCUGAAGGAGCAGCACUUUAGGGAGAUGGCGUCCGUCAAAGAGCAGGUGAGCGAGUACCAGCAGCGUCUGGAGGAGCAGCAGGCGGUGCAGGAUGAGCUGAGGAGCACACUCUCCUCUCAGCACCAGGAGGAGGUGCAGGCCCUCAGGGACGAGGUGGCGCUGGUUCUCUCUCGGGCACACAAGCUCCAGAAUCAACUGGACCAGGUGGAGGAGGAGCGAAUGAGUUUGGAGGAGAACCAGGUUGAGGAGCGAGAGGCUCUGGAGAGGCGACACCAGGAGAGGAUGUCCUCCCUUCAGCAGGAGCUUGAGGAAUCACUAGCUCAGGCCGGUGAGCUGCAAGAGCAGCUGAAAACUGUGGAGGCGCGUCACACAGAUGCUAUGGAGAAGUUGGAGAAAGAACAUGAUGAGAAGAUCCACCAACUGGAGCAGCAACAAGAGGAGGCAUUUGAGACCAGAAUAGAGGAGGAGAGGCAGAGGCUUAAGGUAGAGAGGGAGGAGGAGGAGAAGAGGAUAUUGGACAAGUGGGAACAGGAAAGGGAGCAGCUUCAGAGGAGCCACGAGGAGGUGCUCGUUGCUCGGCUUGAAGAAGCAAAGACUGCAUUUGAAGAGGAGAGUAAGGACCUCCAGAGGAGGCUUACAGAGGAAUGGGAGCAGGAGAAAGGCCAGUUAGAAGGGCAGCAUAAGGAGUUGAUUGAGGCCCUGCUGGUGGAGGAGGGAAUGAGGCUCCUCAAAGAGCAAGAGCAGAAGGAGGCCAAGCUCAGGGAGCAGUGGGAGGAAGAGCGAGCUCUUUUGGAGAACCAGCAUGAGGCCUCCCUUCAGGACUCUCUGGCAAAGGAAAGGGAGCGACUCCGGGAGGCUGAGGAGGAGAUAGAGAGGAGGUUGUCGGAUGAGUUUGAGAAGGAGAGAGCCCAACUUGAGGAGCAGCAUAAAUGUGAGCUACAGGAGAGGUUGGAGGAAGAGAGGGUCAAACACCGGCAAGAGAAGGAGGAGAUGGAACGGAGAUGGCAGGACAGUCUGGAAGAGGAGAAGGCCCGUUUGGAGGAGAAUCACCGAGAGGCGAUUCAGGAGCUUAGCUCCAAACAUAGCGAGGAGCGGGAAAGACUCAGCAGCCUGCUGGACAAACUCAGGGAUGACAUCGCACUGGAAAGAAGCGAAGCAGGACGCCUAGCGGAGGAGAAUCUUGUGUUGAGGCAUAAAAUCUCUGCCAUAAAGGAAGAAGAUGUCCGAGAAAGUCAAGAGGACAUGCUCAUUAAACUGGAGCUUUUUAGGAAAGAAAAGGUUGCUGCUCAGAAGAUGGCCGAGUCAUUCAAGAAACAGAUCUCUGAGUUGCGAGUGCGCGGGCUGCAGCUGGAGGAGGAGAACGGGCUGCUGUCGCAGAAAAACGACCAGAACGCCGCAGACGUCCAGGAGCUGAGCGUGCAGCUGGGAGAUCUGAUCCGGCACAGCGAGAGGAGGGAGGCCGGACACCAGCGCGGCGCACUCUCAGCCAGGGAGAGGGAGGAGAUGGAAGCAUGCGUGACCGCCCUGGAAUCGGAGCUAACCAAAGCCCAGGAGGAGAGUGCUAUCCUACAGCAUGAGAAGGCCCUGCUCUCACGACAGCUCUCCUCUCUGCAUGGACAGCUGAAGGAGGGAGGUGAUCUGGCCAGUGCUUUGUCCAGAGCCCAGAGACUACAGGAAGAGAAGGAGCUUCUUAAAGAGGAGCUGGCUUGCUGUGUAGAAAAGGUGGCUAAGCUGGGGGCUCUGGAAGGCCAACUCGCCCAUCUGCUGCAGGAGAGGCAGGCCGCUGAGAAGCAGGUGCACAGUCUGCGCAGCCAGCUGUCCAAAACGCAGGAGAAGAAUCAGGCACUGGAGAGCACCCUUCAGAUGGUAAACCUGCAGACCAGUCGCCUCAAAUCGGACCUCAGAGUCACACAACAGGAACGAGACUCCCUCAAACAGGAAGUGAUGUCACUGCACCAGAAACUGCAGAAUGCCAAUGACAAGGUCCAGCUGCUGGAGGUGAGCCUGCAGGCCAGUGGCUUCCCGGCCCCCCAGAGGCAGCUGCUGAGCGGGGAGCUGAGACGCCUGCUGGAGCACGACCAGCAGCUCCUGCAGCAGGAGAACGAGAGGCUGCUGCGCGAGGUACAGCACACCAAGGGGGAGCUGCAGAACACGCGUGAAAAGACCCGUCAGCUCGAGUCAACUGUGUUGGGUCUGAAGCAGCGGCAGCAGCAGAGUCAGGCGGGGCUGUUUAAGGUGGUGGAGCAGGAGAAGGCUUCCCUCAAACGGGAGCUGGACGCCCUGCGCAACGAGCUGCUCUCAGCCCAGAACAAGGUUUGUGAGCACAGUGAAGAACAGCUGCAACUGGAGACUCUUAGGCAGGAGAAUUCAGCACUAAAAAACAGGCAGACCCAUCUGGAGGCCCAACUACUCGAGGCCCUGCAGGUUCAGCUGGGAGGGAUGCUUCCGCAGUCUCCGGUCAGGUUGCCUGGGGAACGCAGAGGUCAGCACCGCGGCGAUGAUCACGGCCCUGAUUUCAAUAUCCAGGGUGCAGUGAUGGCCGAGCCUCGCGGAGCUCACAGUGACGGCUACAGGAGGAGUGGAGGACUGUGACAUAACUUCCUUCAGACUGGCUCCCCAAGCAACACAACCACACACACACGUGCACACACACACACACAUACAUACACACACACACACACACACUUGUCCCGUGAAGACGAUUCCCUCCUCUCCUGGUGGACAAUUAUUUAAGUUUUAAGAGGAUGAGAAGGGAGAGCAUUACCAUGUAAUGACGCCGUGUUACCACUAGGCGGAGAGUAAACCACCCUCUGCUGCUUCCUUGAUUGUUUUAACGAAAUUAAAACUACAGUAUGCACAACAUUUGCUGCCUUAACAUCAUGGUUAUAAACAGCUUUUAAAGCAUUUUAAAAAGUUUCUCCUGAGGGGAAAGUGUGCAGUUUUGUUUUAAUGAAUGUACAAAUCAUUGAAUUCUUGUUGUCAGUAACAAUCCUAUAUCAUAGGAGCUGUGUUUCUUUUUUCUUUUAUCUGUGCGUGAGUUUCUAAUAAUGGACUUUUUCAUAUUUGAGGUGAGGCAGGGUAUGCUUGUUGAUUGUACUCAAAAGUGAAUGUAGCACACUUUUUUUGUUUUCAAAAAGAAACAAAUUACCAGUGAAUGAGAUUGUAGCAUCCCAGAUACUCGUACAGUUGUUCUAGCACUGGUUUACUCACCAAGUUUGAAUUGCUGAGCACCCCCUACAAUCCUGUAGUUUUACAUAUUUUAUGUUUGUAGUUAAAAAUUGCAUCUCCAGUUAGUUUGUACACAACUCGACAUACUAGCACUACCACAAGUGAUGUCUAUAGCGUUGCAAUUUUAUUUCACACUGAAACUGGAAACCUUGACUUGAUAAACAGCAUUAUGUUUCUGUAGAUUCUUCAUAACACACUUAGUUAAGCAUUAGGUUAAACAUACAGGCUAUUUUAGUUGGAAAGGUGCAGCCUCCUUCACUGUGAACCAACCUCAUUCCAAAUACAGUGCUCAUCUACAGUAUGUUAAGUGUUCUUUUUUCGUAGUAUGUCUUUGUGGUUUUAUUUAUUUGAAAUGUUUGAUCAUAAAUUCACUUAUUACUUUAAUUUAUUCAUUUAAAGUUUAUGUGUAGAGUCUCUUUUAACUGUAACUUUGUAGAAGUUUAUUUUUUAUAACUAUUUAUUUUGGUUUGAUUUUUAUGUUAUUUAUAGAAUCUGUGCUGUGUGUUUUGUUUACCCAUGACCAUCAAGACCAAAUAAAGUG